AUGGUGGAUGUGCUGCAGAUACCCCGGCUUACCGGCCUUCUGCGUGCGCACUACUCGCCGCAGAAGGAGAAGACGUUCGACGUUGAGCAAGAGUACAUCAAGCGAGAUGAGCGGCUGCGCAAGGAACAGAAGAAGAGGGAGGUGCAGGGCGUCGGAUCGGCAUCGGGCGGACGGCAACUGACCUGGGCUUACUUCGAGGCGCCCAAGUCGGCUGACCUUCCCGUUCAGAAGGAGGCGAAGCAGAUCCAAACAAUCUAUCAGCAAUUCCUGCUCCUCGUGCCAAAGAUCGUCGGCGACGAGCUGUCGACUACCGAACUGCACAACUCGGCCAUGUUCAUCUACGAGGCUUUGGCCGAUGACGCCAAGAGCGUGGCCGCCAAGCGCGAACGCCUACGCAACUACUUCGCCACAAUCGACAACGGCACAUUCAACCAGGCCUCCGCGCUCGUCGCUCAGCUAGCGGCCUGGCGCGCCAAGGUCAAGCCCGAUGGCACGACCGAUGAUGCCGCAUCGGCCGAAGCGAGCCGCCAGCCCGCCACGCCCGACGUAGAGAAGGAAUUCGGCGAUGACAUCGAGCUCGCCUUCGAUUCUGAUUUCCUGCUACGCGCAUUCAUCGACUCGCCCCCGCAUCAAGCAGAGGCCCAGGCCCAGCAGCCCUCGACCGCCUCAACUCCCGCCAAAUCCAAGAAGGGACGCAAGAGGGGCGGCGGCGGGCAGCAGCAGGCCGCAGCCUCGGCUGACGACGCCGCCACAGCUUUCGGUGCUACUCCCGGGAGCGCGUGGGAGGGCGUCGAGAAGGAGGCGAUGGACGAGGACUGGCUGGCCAACCAGUGCGAGCGCCACCUGCAGAUCACCCAGGGCUCGCUGUCGGUCAAGGAGCUCGCGGCCUCGAUCCUGCGCAUCCUCUCCGACCGCAGCGUCAAGACCGACCUCCAGCUGCAGGACCAGCUCUUCGGCCUGCUGGGCGAGACCAGCUUCGAGUUCAUCAGCCUGCUGGUCCAGCGCCGCGCCUCCAUUCUCACCUUCUACGCCAACAACAAGCGCAUGGUCGACGGCGGCGGACACCCGCGCGCCGCCGUCGGUGGCCAGAUCACCGUCACCACCGAGGACGACAAGUUCCUGCGCAAGCUGCAGCGCAAGGAGGCCAGCAAGCGCAACCGCCGCGGCGCCGCGCCGGUGCUCUUCGCCGAGCCGUCCAUCGAGGACCUCCUGCCGCAGGGCUACACGCCCGGCGACUACGCGUCGGCCUCGUCGGGCGCCGGGGCCAGCAAGAAGAUCCUGCUGCCGGAGGGCACGGUGCGGAACGACACGAAGGAGUACGAGGAGGUGCGGAUCCCGCCAACGAAGCCGGGCGUGGUGGGCGAGGGCGAGCGGCUGGUGCCGAUCAGCGAGUUCGACGAGUGGGCGCGGCCGGCGUUUGGCGGGAUCAAGGCGCUCAACCGCAUCCAGUCGCGCGUGUUCGAGGCGGCCUACCGGUCGAACGAGAACCUGCUCAUCUGCGCGCCGACGGGCGCCGGUAAGACCAACGUCGCGCUGAUGACGAUCCUGCACGAGAUCGGGCAGAACUACAGCUACGGCGUGAUCCGCAAGGAGCGGUUCAAGAUCAUCUACGUGGCGCCGAUGAAGGCGCUCGCGCAGGAGAUGGUGGAGAACUUCUCGCGGCGGCUCAAGCCGCUCGGGAUCGUCGUGAAGGAGCUGACGGGCGACAUGCAGCUCACCAAGAAGGAGCUCACCGAGACGCAGAUGAUCGUCACCACGCCGGAGAAGUGGGACGUCAUCACGCGCAAGACCAGCGACGUCGCGCUCGUCUCGCUCGUGCGGCUGCUCAUCAUCGACGAGGUGCACCUCCUGCACGAGGACCGCGGCCCCGUCAUCGAAACGCUCGUCGCCCGCACCCUGCGGCAGGUGGAGAGCUCGCAGAGCAUGAUCCGCAUCGUGGGCCUCUCGGCCACGCUGCCCAACUACGAGGACGUGGCCACCUUCCUGCGGGUCAACACCGCGACGGGCCUGUUCCACUUCAACAACGCCUACCGGCCCGUGCCGCUCAGCCAGCAGUACAUCGGCGUCAAGACAAACGACGCGACGCGCAAGAAGGCCAUCAUGAACCGGCUGGCCUACGAGAAGGCCAAGGAGUCGGUCGAGCAGGGCCACCAGGUCAUGAUCUUCGUCCACUCGCGGCAGGGCACCGUCAAGACGGCGCAGGUGCUGAUGGAAAUCGCACGCGAGAAGGGCACCACGGCCCUGUUCCAGGUCGACGACGACUGCACCGCGCGCUACAACCUACUGCUCAAGGAGGUGGGCAAGUCGCGCAACCGCGAGCUCAAGGAGCUCUUCGCCUGCGGCUUCGGCAUGCACCACGCCGGCAUGCUGCGCGCCGACCGCAACCUCGUCGAGAAGCUGUUCGCCGAGGGCUACAUCCGCGUGCUGUGCUGCACGGCCACGCUGGCCUGGGGCGUCAACCUGCCGGCCCACACCGUGGUCAUCAAGGGCACCGACCUGUACGACUCGAAGAAGAGCGCCUUCGUCGAGCUGGGCAUGCUCGACGUCAUGCAGAUCUUUGGUCGCGCGGGCCGGCCGCAGUUCGACACCAGCGGCGAGGGCAUCAUCAUCACCUCGCACGAGCAGCUGCCGCGCUACCUCUCGCUCAUGAACCACCAGCUGCCGAUCGAGUCGCAGUUCGUCAACAACCUGGCCGACAACCUCAACGCCGAGAUCGUGUCGGGCACCGUCACCAACAUGGACGAGGCCGUCGAGUGGCUCAGCUACACCUACCUCUUCGUGCGCAUGCUGCGCAACCCGCUGGCCUACGGCAUCACCCACCAGCAGAAGCUCAUGGACCCCAUGCUGCUCAACUACCGCCAGCAGCUCGUGGCCGCCGCGGCCAAGACGCUCGACGAGGCCAAGAUGGCCCGCUGGGUGCCGCACGCCAACACGCUCGACCCGACCCACCUCGGCCGCACCGCGUCGCACUUCUACCUCCUGCACGACACCAUCGUGCUCUUCAACGAGAAGCUCAAGGCCUCGCUCAGCGACGCCGACCUGCUCUCCGUCGUGGCCCAGUCGGGCGAGUUCGAGAACAUGAAGAUCCGCGAGGAGGAGCAGCCCGAGCUCAAGGCCCUCAUGCGCGACGUGUGCCAGGUCGAUGUGCGCGGCGGCAUCGACAACGCGCACGGCAAGGUCAACAUCCUCUUCCAGGCCUACCUGGCCAACGCCCCCAUCGAGGCCUUCUCCCUGGUGUCGGACAUGAACUACGUCGCCCAGAACAUGGGCCGCAUCUUCCGCGGCCUGUUCGAGAUCUGCCUCCACCGCGGCUGGACCGUCGUCGCCGAGCGCGCCCUGGCCUACUGCAAGAUGACCGACCUCCGCCUGUGGGACACCCAGCACCCGCUCCAGCAGCUGGGCGUCCUCUCGCCCCAGAUCCUCUACAAGCUCAUCACCAAGAAGGUCACCCUCGACCGCCUGGCCGACCUCGACGCGCGCGAGAUCGGCGAGCUCGUCGGGCACCCGAAGAUGGGCGGCCUCGUCAAGAAGUACGUCCACCAGUUCCCGGCCCUGGAGCUCGAGGCCACCGUGCAGCCCAUCACCCGCACCGUGCUCCGCGUCGGGCUCACCGUCACCGCCGCCUUCGACUGGAACGACCGCAUCAGCGGCGCCGCCGAGGGCUGGUGGAUCUGGGUCGAGGACCCGGAGAACGAGCACAUCUACCACCACGAGUACUACGUCCUCGGGCGGCAGCACGCCUACGACCCGGUCACGCUCACCUUCACCAUCCCCAUCUUCGAGCCGCUGCCCGCGCAGUACCUCGUCCACGCCGUCUCGAACCGGUGGCUCCACGCGUCGACCACCAUCGCCCUCUCGUUCAAGCACCUCAUCCUCCCGCACCAGUACCCGCCGCACACGGAGCUGCUCGACCUUCAGCCGCUGCCGGUCACCGCGCUCCGCGACGAGGGCUUCCAGCGGCUGUACCCGUUCACCCACUUCAACCCCAUCCAGACCCAGAUCUUCCACUCGCUCUACCACUCGGACCACAACGUGCUGCUGGGCGCGCCCACGGGCUCGGGCAAGACGGUGGCGGCCGAGCUGGCCAUGCUGCGCCUGUUCCGCGAGUACCCGCACCUCAAGGCGGUCUACAUCGGCCCGCUCAAGGCCCUGGUGCGCGAGCGCAUGAAGGACUGGGAGCGGCGGCUGGUGGGCCUGCUGGGCAAGCGCAUGGUGGAGCUCACGGGCGACUACACGCCCGACCUCCACGCCCUCCAGUCGGCCGACAUCGUGCUCACCACGCCCGAGAAGUGGGACGGCAUCUCGCGCAACUGGCAGAACCGCGGCUACGUCAAGGCCGUGGGCCUCAUCGUCAUCGACGAGGUCCACCUGCUGGGCCAGGACCGCGGCCCCAUCCUCGAGGUCAUCGUGUCGCGCAUGCGCUACAUCGCCUCGCAGACCGACAACCCGGUGCGCCUGGUGUGUCUCUCGACGGCGGUGGCCAACGCGCGCGACCUGGCCGACUGGCUGGGCAUCGAGGGCCACGAGGGCCUCUUCAACUUCCGCCCGUCGGUGCGGCCCGUGCCGCUCGAGGCCCACAUCCAGGGCUACCCGGGCGACCACUACUGCCCGCGCAUGGCCACCAUGAACAAGCCGACCUACGCCGCCAUCAAGGCCCACUCGCCCGCCAAGCCCGUCCUCAUCUUCGUCUCCUCGCGCCGGCAGACCCGCCUCACCGCGCUCGACCUCAUCGCGUUCCUCGGCACCGAGGACAACCCGCGCCAGUUCCUGCGCAUGCCCGAGGCCCAGCUCGAGCCCCUGCUGGCCCGCGUGACCGACGCCAACCUGCGCCACACGCUCCCGUUCGGCAUCGGCCUCCACCACGCCGGCCUCACGCGCGACGACAAGGCCGUGGUCGAGGAGCUCUUCGGCGCCAACCGCAUCCAGGUCCUGAUCUCGACGUCGACGCUGGCCUGGGGCGUCAACCUGCCGGCCCACCUGGUCGUCAUCAAGGGCACCGAGUUCUUCGACCCCAAGACCCGGCGCUACCUGGACUUCCCCAUCACCGACGUGCUGCAGAUGAUGGGCCGCGCGGGCCGGCCGCAGUUCGACACCUACGCCAAGGCCGUGAUCAUGGUGCACGAGCCCAAGAAGAACUUCUACAAGAAGUUCCUCUACGAGCCGUUCCCCGUCGAGUCGAGCCUGCACACGGUGCUGCACGACCACUUCAACGCCGAGAUCGUGUCGGGCACCAUCGCCAGCAAGCAGGACGCCGUCGACUACCUCACCUGGACCUACUACUUCCGCCGCCUGCUCGUCAACCCAGCCUACUACGACCUCGAGGCCACCGACGCCGCCGCCAUCAACCGCCACCUCUCGGAGCGCGUCGACGCGGCGCUGCGCGAGCUCGAGGCCUCGCACUGUCUAGAGAUCGACGAGGUCGACGGCACCAGCGUGUACCCGCUCACCUUUGGCCGCAUCGCGUCCUACUACUACCUGCACCACACCACCAUGCGCCUCUUCUACGACGCCAUCGGCGAGGACAACGACAUCCGCAGCCUGCUCGACGUCCUGGCCGGCACCGCCGAGUACGACGAGCUGCCCGUGCGCCACAACGAGGACAAGCUCAACGAGGAGCUCGCCGCCACCGUGCCCUGGCCCGUCGACGCCCACCUCCUCGACGACCCGCACACCAAGACCAACCUCCUCCUCCAGGCCCACUUUGCCGGCCUCGCCCUCCCCAUCUCCGACUACAUCACCGACACCAAGUCCGUGCUCGACCAGGCCGUGCGCAUCCUCCAGGCCAUGGUCGACGUCGCGGCCGACGGCGGCUGGCUCAAGACCACCCUCAACUGCAUGCACCUCAUGCAGAUGGUCAUGCAGGCCCGCUGGUUCACCGACUCGACCCUCCUCACCCUGCCCCACGCCGACGACCGCCUCGUCCUGGCCUUUGCCGACGCCCUCGGCGUCGAGUCCCUGCCCGAGCUGCUCGCCCUCGACGAGCCCCGCGUGCAGGCCUUCCUCCGCGACCGCCUCUCCGCCCGCCAGACCCGCGAGUUCAUGCAGGUCCUCCGACAGCUCCCCGUCGUCGACCUCCGGGCCACCGUCGACCUCUCCUCCGCCGCUGCCCUCGCCAAGCUCCCCUCCACCAAGGCCGCCCAGAACGGCGCCCACGACGAUGACGACAACGACGACGGCUACGAUCAUCAUCAUGACGACGACGACGACUACGACGACGAGGGAGAAGAAGAUGGUGGCGAUGAAGAGGGAGAGGGAGAGGAGGAGGAGGCGGAGGCGGCCGAGGGGGUGGUGAAGGUGGAGCUGUCGCUGGCCAACAAGGACCACUCGCGACUGGCCUACACGCCCCGCUUCACCAAGCAGAAGGAGCCCGCCUGGUGGGUCGUCCUCGGCAACCCGGACACCGGCGAACUCCUCGCCCUCCGCCGGUUGACGAUUCGGCCAAAGAACCGCACGCGCACGUCGCUCACGUUCGCGCUGCCGGAGGAGGAAGGCGAGUACACCUACUGGCUCUACCUCAUGUCCGACUCCUACCUGGGCCUCGACCAGCAGAUCCCCCUCACCUUCACCACCGCCGUGUAA